AUGCAAGUUCGCCGUCUACUUGUCUCUAACUCUCGUCGUUUUUCUUUUCCACCGGCGAUCUUCCUUUCACUUCUGACCUUCUAUUUUUCAUUCCGGGUCAAUACUUUGGAAGUUGAUUCGCUCAACCAUACGGGGCAUUCAGUCUUCAGGGACUACACGGAUAGGUCGCGCGUGGGUAGCGAGGCCACUUCUCUGCUCAACAUCGCCGUUCUUGAUACUCCACUCGGAGACGUUACCUAUCACUCGCAUUUCUGUGUUGCUUUCCGUACCUCAGAUGAAAACCACUGGCUUAAGUUCACCUUAGAGCCCAGCCCUACUAUUGUCUCAAAUCCUGGCCAGGUGACUCAUGUACAGGCUGACGGCACCACCAGGUCUAUCAGAGCCAUAAAGAGGUCUGAAAUAAGUGCCUUCCAGGGGUCAGUGAGGGUCGACGGAACAGGCAAUGGAUGGAACAUAGUUGGGUGGGCCAGGGUUCACUUUUGGAAGGAUGGUCGUGACCUUCUAUUUGAGGGCACUUACAGUGUCCAAGAAGUCAUCCACGAUAUCAAGGUGCGGGUUGCAGGCAUUGGCAAUACAUGCCAAUCGGACUGUACCUUUGGUGAACCUGGACAGAUAUAUAGCUAUUCGGCUUCGGGGUCAUAUCGACCCUCUCGUCCCUCUCCUCCAGCCCAACGUUCAAAUACCAACGCUGAAAGGUGUAAGUCACAGCCUCUGGGUACUCGCAGAGACAAUCUGGAGAUAGAUACAACCUACAGAGAUGUGCGUCGCCCCAGUUGCAUAAGUCAAGGGGAAGGCGAAUGUCAUGAACCCAUCCCGUCCCCACAAAGCAUUUCCCGAUGCGACUUCAGAUCAACAAUUGGGGAUACCGUUGGAUGCCCCUCGAUGAAUAUGAUUGCAUCAGUAGGCAUCGCCACCGACUGCUCGUACACGGCUUUGUUCAAUUCUGUUGGCGACGUGGUACGUAAUGUUGUCGGUAUGAUCAACAGCGCCUCGGAGGUGUUUGAACGUUCGUUCAACAUUACGCUUAGACUGAGUGACUUGGAGGUCAGUGAGGGUACUUGUCCUACUCCGCAGCAGGACGCCAAAGAUUGGAACAUGCCAUGCAGUAACGGGAGCCUUCUUGAUAGGCUAGGUAAUUUCUCCAUUUGGCGUGCCACACGGGCAGAUGAAAACGCAUUCUGGACUUUGAUUACGGGCUGCUCUGGUGCAGGAAUUGGAGUCGCCUGGGUAGGACAACUUUGUAACACAGACUAUGACCAGUCUCAUGGUACAGGUGCUAAUGUUGUGGUGGGCAUGGGUCAGGCAUGGCAAAUCUUCGCCCACGAAGCAGGCCACACUCUUGGAGCGGUACAUGAUUGUGAGGAUGAUGCCUGUCAGACGGACCCGAACAGAUCAUCUGCAUGCUGCGCGUACUCGAAAACGACAUGCAACGCCGGCGGGAGAUACCUUAUGACUCCUGUUUUCACCCAACAGACGAAUAGAUUCUCACCAUGCUCUAUUGGCAAUGUGUGCGGGGCCCUUGGACGUGGGAUCGUUAGGUCCGAUUGCCUUGUUGACAGUGGUGGACCGGGGAUCCCU